AGAAUAGGGUGGCACAUGGCUCUGGGACCAUACCUCCUGCAGAAUCAGGGGUCAGGAAAUGAAGUCAAUGUGCUGUGAACCUACCCAGUGAUGUUAGUCCUUGCCUAUGCUUUCCCCUUGCAGACUGCAAGUGGGGAGAUUAAUAUUCUCCUUUUAAUACUAUUCCCCAUGCAGGUUCCCUCAGGUACCACCAGCUCUUCCCCACGGCCCAUUUUUUCUUUUGUUCCUCUGAAAACAGAGGGACAGGUACGGCCAAGUGUGACACUGGCAUGUGUUCCCUAGGAGCCGAGCUUGUGUCCACCAACAGCCCUUUGGGAACAAAGCCAGCCUGUACAGUCUGCCCAAGGAGUCACAGACGUGUCCUGCACCAGCGGCCUCGAGCAGGAGGUGAAUGGGGGCCGUGCUCGGCACUGGAAGUGGGGCAGAGACUGAUGCGGUUACUGCAGAGCUGCAGCCAAGUCCUCCCUCGGGAGAGCAAGGAAGGAAGGACGACACAAGAGAGGCCUCAUCGUAACGCGUGCGAUUCCUCUCCGAUGCAUGGAUGAGCCAGCCCCCACCAGCGCCUUAGAGCAUCUGCCAUGUCAGUCCUGGUGCCAGUGCCGGAGCCUCCUGCCCUGUCGAGGAGCCCCGAAGAGGGGCAGCACGGUGGCCGCGAGCCUGGGCACAUCCUUGCUCAGCUGUCUGCAGCCCUGGAGAACCCGGACAUCAAAGCUUUGGAGUGGUCCAAGGAUGGGCGAGGUGCCCUCAUCCAUGCCGAGCUGUACGAGGAGGAGAUGGGGAAGAACAAAGAGCUCUUCCCAGAGCUGGCGGAUCUCGGCUGUGUCGCAGUGCUGCAGGCCUGGCUGCUAGCCCACGGUUUCAAACUCAAGGGGCCAAAGGUCAACUCACAAGGGCUCCUGUUCCAGCACCCCAAUUUCCAGAGGUCACAUCGCACUGCCAAAGAGCUGGGCUCCCUUGGAGGGGAUGCUGGCCUCUCUGCCAAGCAGCAGAAGAAAAGGAAGAAAAAGAGACGUGUGAGGAGCCUGCGGCCUCCCCCCAGGGCCACGUCCCAGGACACGCUGAGACAACUGCCACGUCUGCGACCCUUGUACCAGUACAUCAACUUUGAGACGCCGGAGCUGAUGCACCCAUCAGCAGAUGAUCAAGUCCCAGGGCUGGCACAGCCAAGCCAGGUCCCUGCAGCCCCCAGGAAGGCAGCUGCUCCACAGCAGGAGGAUACCCGGGCCAGCAGCGCUCCCGAGAUCCCUGACCCGGAAGGAGGCGACAAAUCCAUGCAGCUUGACAUUGAUAGGAUGCUCCGAUAUGCAGCUCAACUGGUGCCACUGCUCUUUCCUCAGUAUCAAUAGCCAGCUUUGUGCCUCCCGUUUGGCUACUAGAGCCUGACUUGCAGAGCGGUAAUCAUCACCCGGCCCAUACAAACAGCUGUGGGCUUAUUGUUUUGGGUUUUUUUCCUGGUUGCAGAGAACCUGAUUUGCUCGGGGAAAAAAAAAAAACAAAACAAAACAACAA